AUGCAGAGGUUGAAGCAGCAGCAGCAGCAGCAACAAGUGAUGAUGCAGCAAGCUCUUAUGCAGCAGCAGUCUCUCUACCAUCCCGGACUCCUCGCAGCUCCUCAGAUAGAACCAAUCCCAAGUGGAAAUCUUCCCCCUGGUUUUGAUCCAAGUACUUGCCGCAGUGUGUACGUCGGAAACAUCCAUACUCAGGUGACGGAACCUCUGCUUCAAGAGGUUUGUGCUAGCACUGGUCCCGUCGAAAGCUGCAAACUUAUUAGGAAGGAAAAGUCUUCUUAUGGUUUUGUCCACUACUUUGAUCGACGAUCGGCUGGUCUGGCAAUUCUUUCUCUCAAUGGAAGGCAUUUGUUUGGGCAACCUAUGAAGGUUAACUGGGCUUAUGCUAGUGGCCAGAGGGAGGAUACAUCAGCUCACUUUAAUAUAUUUGUCGGGGAUUUGAGCCCUGAGGUAACCGAUGCAAUGCUAUUUAAUUGCUUCUCUGUCUACCCGAGCUGCUCGGAUGCGAGGGUUAUGUGGGAUCAGAAAACUGGGCGGUCAAGAGGAUUUGGAUUUGUUGCGUUCCGUAACCAGCAGGAUGCCCAGACUGCAAUUGAUGAGAUAACCGGGAAAUGGCUUGGUUCGAGGCAGAUUCGCUGCAACUGGGCAACAAAGGGAGCCACUUCUGGUGAGGACAAGCAGAGCUCUGAUUCCAAAAGUGUUGUGGAACUAACCAGUGGUGUCUCGGAGGAUGGUAAAGAUACAAGUAGCGGGGAUGCUCCCGAGACCAAUGCUCAGUACACAACUGUUUACGUUGGGAAUCUUGCUCCAGAGGUUUCGCAGGCUGAUCUUCACCGCCACUUCCAUGCCCUUGGUGCUGGGGUUAUGGAAGAGGUCCGUGUUCAAAGAGACAAAGGUUUUGGAUUUGUGAGAUACUCUACUCAUGUAGAGGCCGCCCUCGCUAUCCAGAUGGGAAACACACAUUCCUACCUCAGUGGCAGGCCAAUGAAGUGUUCUUGGGGAAGCAAGCCAACUCCAUCAGGAACAGCAUCAAACCCGCUUCCUCCACCAGCUCCCGCACCAGUCCCUGGAUUCUCAGCGAGCGAUCUCUUGGCUUACGAGAGGCAACUAGCGAUGAGCAAAAUGGCGGGAAUGAAUCCGAUGAUGCAUCAUCACCCGCAGGGACAACACGCUCUCAAGCAAGCUGCAAUGGGAGCCACUGGUUCAAGCCAGGCAAUCUAUGACGGUGGUUUCCAGAACGCGCAGCAGCUCAUGUAUUACCACUGA